GAGACAGUCCUGCCACUGCAAGAUUGGCUGAAGCUGCUUGCCAAUCGAGGGGUACCUAUGCGGGUAGCUAUGGCUCUUGCAGCCAAGAUCUAUAAGACUCAUAGCACCAAACAGAAGCUGUCCGAGCUGGAUGCAAAGAAGCUGACGCCGCUGGUCCCGGACAAGGACAACCGGCGGUCGGUACAGCAAGCUCUGAAGGGGAUCACGAGUGGAGAGGCCAAGACGAAGAAGAGAGGGCGGGACUCUGACAUGCUCGAGCCGCUCAAGACGAAUCAAGGGGACGAUGACAUCCCUCGGUCCCUGGAGUUUCACGAGGUCGUAGAUCCCGAGGCAUUGAUACCGCUUACGGUCACCACCAACCGCGCCCCCGUCAAGACCGCUUGGGCAUAUACCGUCGCCCAGCGGCUCGGCUUUGACGUUCAAGAGUCUCUCUCGCUCGCUCAUGGCUACGUCCAUAUCUCAUCGCUCAAGCACGCUAUCAUGCUGGGCAACAUCCUGAACCCGAAAGAAACGAAAGACGGUCUGGAGGAGAUCAGGGAGUUGCCAGGGAUGAGUGACUGGGGCGUUAAGGGGAAGGGGAGGGAGAGGGAGUGGGAUCGGCGAGAGAGGGAGAAGGGGGAGAGAGAAAGAAAGAAGAGGGAUGAGAUGGGAAGUAGUCAGCCCUGGGUGGGGAUAUUGAAGGCGAAACCAGUCAUAGAGCGUACAGACGGGACAUGGCGAGCUAUCGAGAAGGGCGUGGCAAUACCGCCGAGCGUUGCCUUUCUGUACAUCUCCCGCGCUUUCAAGGACAACGCGAAACACGUCAUGGGCGCCAUGAAGCUCGUCGCUGCUUCACACCCACCAGAAGACCUCAACAGGCUAGGUAUGCACAUGUACAACGAAUUCAAGCCAGAAGUGGAACAAUGGGGUCAGAAAGGAACUCUCUCUCUCGCCAAGAUCCUCGAUUGCGCCAAAGGUCCCGUUGAUCUGUCA